AUGGAACUUCUACCUGAGGAUUGUUUUGCACACAUUUUGUCAUUUACAUCCCCUCAAGAUGUGUGUAGAUCCUUUCAAACCUCCUCCAUUGUGAGGUCAAUGGCGGAUUCAGAUAGUGUCUGGGAGAAAUUUCUGCCACUAUAUUAUCAUGGUAUUAUUUCUAGGUUGGUGGUUCCUCUCUCAUUGCCCUGUUCAUCAAAGAAAGACUUAUUUGUCAGGUUAUGUAAGCCACAACUUGUUGACGACGGUAACAAGAUGCUAUCAAUUGAUAAAACAUCAGGCAAAAUAUGUUACCUAUUGAGCGCAAGGAAGCUUUCAAUUGCAUGGGGAAGCAGUCCUCUGUAUUGGUCCUGGAAACCAGUUCAAGGCUCAAGGUUUGCAGAAGCUGCUGAACUCAGAACCAUUUGCUGGCUAGAAAUCACCUGUAGCAUAAGCAGUGGAAUGCUAUCACCUGAAACAAUUUACGAAGCUUAUCUGAAAGUGAAAAUCGCGGAUCGUGCUUACGGGUUAGACUCGUUACCUUCAGAGGUGUGGGUGGAGGUUGGCAACCGCAAAUCGAAAGGAACUGUAUAUAUACGAAAGGGGAAAGCCUCUUGUCACUGCCAAAGUAGCGAGCAUGAUGAAGAUGAAUGGUUGGAGAUUGAGUUGGGAAGUUUCUACACCAAUUCUGAUGAUGAAGAGGUUAGAAUGUGCCUCAAGGAGAUCAAAGGUGUGCAUUUGAAAGGUGGGCUAAUAGUUGAUGGAAUUGAAAUAAGGCCCAAACUGUUAUAAUUAAGGAGCUUCCAUGUGUGGGUUGUCACAUAACAACAUCAUAGUCAUUACUCAUUUGUGAAGUGGCAUGACAAUACUUGUUGUUUGGUUCAUUCAUGUGUAUUAAAGUUAAUGUAAUUUUG